AUGAAAGAAGUCCGACAAGAAUUAACUAAGGAAUAUUAUGCUAAUAAUCCCCAGUUUGAGGAAGAAUUUGUGAAAGACUUAGUGGAAGAUGCCGUAUUUGCCCGCGGAGAAACCAAAGUUCUCUCUGUAAUAACUAUUGGCAAAACCAGCGAAAAACAAUUAGUUGAUAGCAUUUUUAAUCGUUCCUACAAGCAUUUUAUCCACCACUACAAUUUUCCCUCCUUUGCGGUUAAUGAAAUUGCUAGUCAUCGGACGGUUUCUCGACGCGAAAUCGGCCAUGGUGAAUUAGCAGGAAAAACUUUUGAUUAUCUAAUUCCCUCUCCUACUUCAUUUCCCUACACAGUUCGUGCCGUUUCCGAAGUUCUUUCUUCGGAUGGUUCUUCUUCUCAGGCCUCGAUUUGUGCCACCUCUUUAUCCCUCAUGACCGCCGGAGUACCACUAAUUAGGCCAGCCGCCGGAAUCGCCUUGGGCCUGUUUGAAGGCCAGAUUUAUAGCGAUAUUAAUGGCUUGGAGGAUAAAUUAGGGGAAAUGGACUUUAAAAUUGCUGGUACCGAAAAGGGCAUUUGUUCUGUACAGUUAGAUGUCAAAAACCAAGGAAUUAGUCAGGAAUUAAUAAAAACUAGUCUCGCAAAGGCUCGCCAAGCCCGAAUCUAUUUAUUAGAAGAAAUGAAAAAGCAUAUUCUUCACCCCCGCCCUAAUUUGCCAAUCCAAGUUAUUAAAUGCCGCCGCUUUGCGGUGGAAAAAGAAAAAAUAGGCUUAGUUAUUGGUCCGCGCGGAAAAACUAUUAAUCAAUUGACUGAGGAAACUGGUUCAACCAUUGAAGUUCAGCCAGACGGCUUUAUCCUUAUCUAUCACCAAGAAGAAGAUAAAUUAGAACAAACCUAUCGUGCGAUUAAAGAGAUAAUUAAAAGUGGUUUUUAA